AUGAAACGUCACUACCUCGGCUUCAAGGACGAACCAAUCACCAACUUCACACCUGUGCUGAACGACCUCGGGCAACGACACUUUGAUAAGCCCGAUGAAGACAUCAUGGCCGGCAUGCCCCUCUGGCAGCGUUUGAUUGCAGAAAAUGGGGACCCUCCCACCCUACGAGUGUCUACGCUCAGUGGAGGGCUUCAUUAUUACUUCUUACUGGGAGAAUCGCUCAACAACGGGCUAAAGUCAGGGAAGGAUUUUGUCAGCGUGGACUUCGACGGCCAGCUUUACGGGAUUGACGGCCGCGGCGAGGGCGGCAUCGCCUUUUGCCCACCGAGCACCCUAGGAGACGGGUUGGCAUACAAAUGGAACACGGCACCUAUCAGGGCCAACAUCAAGCCCGCCCCCGCGUGGGUGAUCGAAUCCAUCAACGGCUGUGCAAAACGCGCGGGUCAAAUGAGUGUUGCGCCAACUUUGAGCUGCAGAUUUGAUGAUACCGCAAUGGUGGGGGGGUUUGAAAGUGAAAAAGACGAAGUGCCUGAUUUGGGCACCGGCGAAUCCGGCGAGUCGUGCAUCGACGAGAGCUCACUAACCCCCCGUGACGCUGAACCCGCCGAGAGCAAGAUCGCGGACGGGAAGCUGCAUCCAACGCACGAUAGAACGAUGUUCCCAGCCAACUGCGGGGCAGGCUUAUCGAAGUCUGAGUUGCAGGCGCAUCUGAAUCUGAUCAGGCGUAACGUGACGCAGCGCUAUCGAGGCAUGGCUGGCAUCUUCUCUGCCAUGCACCUCAUCGAUGGACGCAUUCUAGCUCAGGAGAAAACGUUUCAAUACUGGACUGGCCGCCGGUGGAUUACCGACAAUGCGUUUCACGUUCAAAGUGUCUUUAGCAGCCACAUGUCCCGGAUCAUGAGCUGGUAUGCAAACCAGAGAGCAUCCGCCUACAAGAAAGAGAUCCACGCCCAAAUGAGAGCCUCGAAGACCUGGGGAGAUGUAGCGCUGACCCCGGAGUCCGAUCUCCCGGAGUGGGCCUCAAAUCCAGAUACCGACGAGGAGAAGAAAGCGUGCGCUGCUGCGUGGAAGGUCGUUAAUCGAACGUAUCCGCUUCUGGCCAAAGGCGACCUGGUCGACCUGACUAGAGGCAGCGAAGUCCGUGUCUGCCUGGAAUUCGUUUUCAACAGUCUCCAGGCUCCCGAGGAGCUGGGUGCCCUGAUGGACAUUGCGAAUCCGUUCUUGUUUGCGUGCGCCAACGGGGUCAUUGAUACCGAGACGGGGGUCUUGCAAGCGUUCCAUCCUGCGCACCUAUGUUCGCGGGCGUCCAAGGCGGCUUUUCGCGGCCUGCCGAAAGGGGGAAGUAGGUUCGAGCGAUUCCAUCUUGACAGCUUCAACGGAGACAGAGAGGUUCUCGACUGGUACCAACUCUUUAGUGGGUACUGCAUGACGGCUGAUACGUCGGAGCACAUAUUCCUAAUCAAACACGGAUCGGGGGCGAAUGGCAAGAGCAUGACCCGUUUGGCGAUGUUCAAGGUGCUGGGGCAAUACGCUGUGGUCAUGUCGGAGGAUUGCAUCAUCGAGGCAGGGAAGCGGUCGGCUGGAGCGGCGAGCAGUCACAUAAUGGCACUCAAAGGUGCUCGGGCUGGCGACUGUGACGAAUCAAACGAGAGAGCAAGAAUGAACGAGGGCAUAGUGAAGGGGCUUUCUGGGUCGGAUACAACUACUGCGCGUGAGCUUCAAUCGCGACAGGAAACAUUCCAGCUUAGUCACAAAGCGAUAUUGAACACGAAUUUUCGACCCAUCCUUGAAAACGUGGAUUAUGCCCUCAGUCGACGCAUGGCCAUCCUCCCAAUGCUGGUCACCUUCAAACCCCCAGAACAGCUCGACCUCAGCAAGCCCCGACAGAAGGCCAUGGAUCCAACGCUAGAAGCCUAUCUAAAGAGCGAUUUGGGUCGAGAGGAGGGUCUCUCGUGGUAUGCAGAGGGAGCCAGAAAGUACUUUGAGCUGAAGCGUACCAACCCGAAUAGCCCUCCUCUAAAGCGCCGUCCACGCAUUAUGGUAGAAGCAGGCAAGGCCUACGAGCAAGACUCAGACAUUGCCAUGCGGUGGAUCAUGGAUCAACUCGAGUUCGAAGAUAUCGAGCCGGGAGCACGGCCGACUUGGCACCUAGCUCUCGGAGAAAGGCUAGGGGGAGCGUUCAGAGCAUGGUUGCGGGAGGAGGAUCUCACGAGCUCGCUUUCGGCAACGGCUUUAAAGAAGCGGAUCGUUUUAUACGCGGAUGGAGCAAACCGGGUAUUAGAAGAUGGUCGGUUUACGGAUAGGCAGAUACAGGAACGGGGGCAAUUCAAGGGGCUGGCGGGAGUUCGCCUAAAGCCCGGCUGCGAGUACGAGGAGACGUAUAACUAG